UGUGAGUCUAGCAGGGAGGGCCCUGGGGCUAAAGGGGUGACUCCCAAUCCCUUGGUUACAGCUGGAGCAGGCCAGCUCCCCCGGAUGCUCUCCCAGCCCGUCCAUCCAGCCCAGGUCCACCGGGUCCAGCAUUCCAGCAGUGACAGAUGUCAGUGUUCAGCAGAGAAGGUACAGUCCAUAGAAAUAGUCUGCGUCCCGAAAAGCACUCUAUUCUCUAUAUAGUGCACUACUUUUGAUCAAGGCCAAUAGGGAAUAGGGUGCCAUUAGGGACGCAACCAUACAUAUUACUAGAGUGAUCUAUGUUAUAAACCUUCCUAACUCUAGAAUGUGUUGAUGAAGGCAGCCAUUUUGGUUUUCUAUUUAACUCUGUGUACAAUCAGUAGCUGAGGAUCGCUCAACUCCGUUCUCUUAUAUCGAGGUGGAGUUGAGUAUUGAUAACUGGUCACGCGAUUUGCUAGCAACAACAUUGAGUCAACAUCAGUCGAUGCUUGUAAAAAUUAAAAUUCUGAAAACGCUUACCUGUAUCUAUGUUUGUCCUAUACAACUGCGGUCCUUCACACUUUUCAUAAAAACUUUUAUUGAAUGCAACCACCAACCUUUUACUCAUUAGUGUUGCUCAACUGGAGAUGUAGCGGCCUUGACGUACUGAGAUUCAAUUGGCACAAGCGCAUUCGUGCUGAGUUGAACAACUCAAAUUAGGAAAAUGUUGGUGGUUGUAUUGUGAUGAGGUGUGAAUGACGGAGUCAGGCGCAGGAGGUAAAACACUGAAAUCCAGAGUUUAUUCAGUGUACAUGAAUAAAGCGCAGCAAGCGUCAAAACGAAACUAGCACAAGGGAAAAAUCCACCUUGGCUACAUACAAGGAAAGCUAGCAAUGAACAAUCACUCACAAAGGACAAGGGGGCAGAGGGAACACUUAUACACAGACUAAUGAGGGAAUGAGAACCAGGUGUGUGUGAUUGACAAGACAAGACAAAUGGAGUGAUGAUAAAUGGAGCGGUAGUGGCUAGUAAGCCGGUGACGACGAACACCGAAACCUGCCCGAGCAAGGAGGAGGGGCAGCCUCGGCUGAAUUCGUGACAGUACCCCCUACUUGACGCGCACCUCCAGCAGCGCGCUGACAGCGGCCUCGGGGACGGCCAGGAGGACGCGGAGCAGGGCGAGUCGGAUGGCGACGAUGGAAGUCCCUCAACAGAGAGGGAUCGAGGAUAUCCCUCACCUGGACCCAGCACCGUUCCUCCGGACCGUACCCUUCCCACUCCACGAGGUACUGAAGGCCCCCCACCCGAUGCCUCAAAUCCAGUAUGGAACGGACAGAGUACGCCUGUGCCCCCUCGAUGUCCAAAGGAGAUGGAGGGACCUCCCGCACCUCAGACUCCUGGAGCGGACCAGCCACCACCGGCUUGAGGAGAGACACAUGAAACGAGGGGUUAAUACGGUAAUCAGGGGGGAGUAAUAACCUAUAUGUGACCUCGUUGAUUCUCCUCAGGACUUUGAACGGCCCUACAAACCGUGGGCUCAGCUUCCGGCAGGGCAGGCGGAGGGGCAGAUUCCGGGUCGAGAGCCAGACCCGAUCCUCCGGCACAAAGAUGGGGGCCUCACUGCGGUGACGGUCAGCGUUGGCCUUCUGACGAUGCACGACGCAUUGGAGGUGAACAUGGGCAGCGUUCCACGUCUCCUCCGCGCGCCGAAACCAGUCAUCCACCGCAGGAGCUUCGUUCUGGCUCUGGCGCCACGGUGCCAGAACCGGUUGAUAACCUAAAACACACUGAAAUGGCGUUAGGUUCGUAGAGGAGUGGUGGAGAGAGUUCUGGGCAUAUUCUUCCCAUGGCAGGAACACCGACCACUCCCCCGGCCGGUCCUGGCAAUAGGACCUCAGGAACCUACCCACAUCCUGAUUUACCCGUUCCACCUGCCCCAUUACUCUCAGGGUGGAACCCAGAGGUCAGGCUGACUGAGACUCCCAGACAUUCCAUGAACACCUUCCAGACUUUAGAUGUGAAUUGGGGACCUCGGUCAGACACUAUAUCCUCUGGUACCCCGUAGUGCCGGAAGACGUGAGUAAACAGGGCCUCCGCAGUUUGCAGAGCCGUGGGGAGACCGGGCAGAGGAAGGAGGCGGCAGGCCUUCGAAAAGCGGUCCACAACGACCAGGAUGGUGGUGUUCUCUUGAGAGAGAGGCAGAUCAGUUUAAAAAAUCAACACUCAAAUGAGACCAUGGUCGUUGUGGAACUGGUAAAAGUUUUAACUUACCCGCUGGGAGGUGCCUAGGUGCCUUACUCUGGGCGCACACUGAGCAGGAGGAAACAUACACCCUCACGUCCUUAGCCAAGGUAGGCCACCAGUACUUUUCGGUCAGGCAGCGCACUGUACGACUGAUACCUGGGUGACCAGAGGAGGAUGACAUGUGUGCCCAGUAGAUCAGACGAUCACGGAUAAGCGCAGGCACAUACUGCAGCCCAGCUGGACACUGCGGUGGAGAUGGAUCUGUGCGUAAUGCCUGUGCUAUAUCCGCGUACAUCGCCCUUACUACCGGCGCCACAAUGCAGGGGUCUGGCAAUAUGGGGGUAUUGUCUCUGGGCCUCUCCUCUGUAUCAUAAGGCCGGGACAGUGCGUCUGCCUUCACGUUCUUCGUACCCGGAAUGUAUGACAGUGUGAAGUCAAACCGGGUGAAGAAUAGGGCCCACCUGGCCUGGCGAGGGUUCAGCCUCCUCGCUGCCCAGAUGUACUCCAGGUUAUGGUUGUCCAUCCAGACGAGGAAUGGGUGUUUCACCCACUCGAGCCAAUGUCUCCACACGGUCAAAGACAGGACUGCUCCCAUCCCAACCUCGGACGCAUCCACCUCCACUACGAACGGUAGUGAUGGAUCGGGUGGGCCAGUACCGGGGCCGAGGUGAACAGUUCCCUCAGGUUACUGAAGGCCCUGUCAGCCUCAGCAGACCAGCGGAGCCGGGACGGCCCACCCUUCAACAGAGAUGUAAUGGGAGCUGCGAUCUUGCCAAAGCCCCGGAUAACCUCUGAUAAUAGUUGGCGAAGCCAAGGAAGCGCUGCACCUCCUUUACCAUGGUUGGAGUCGGCCAAUUACGCACGGCUGCAAUGCGGUCACCUUCCAUCUCCACACCUGUGGUAGAAAUGCAGUAUCCGAGGAAGGAGACGGACUGCUGGAAAAAGAUACACUUUUCUGCCUUGACAGUCGGGCCUGUAUUUUGCGAACCAGGGACACAUGCUCGGCGCACGUAGCGGAAUACACCAAGAUGUCAUCGAUGUAGUCCACUACACCGCGACUAAGCAUGUCCCAUAAUGCCCCGUGGUUAUGCUGAAUGCUGUCUUCCACUCAUCUCCCUCUCGGAUACGCACCAGGUUGUACGCACUCCUGAGGUCUAAUUUAGUGAAGAAGUGCGCUCCAUGCAAUGACUCAACCACUGACGGAAUGAGGGGGAGAGGAUAACUAAAUCUAAUUGACUCCUUGUUCAGUGGUCGAUAGUCAAUGCACGGGCGCAGACCGCCAUCUUUCUUCUUCACAAAAAAGAAACUCGAGGAGGCGGGUGAAGUGGAGGGACGUAUGUACCCCUGGCGCAGGGACUCGGUGACGUAUGUCUCCAUAGCCUCCGUCUCCGCCUGCGACAGGAGAUACACAUGACUCCUGGGAGGUACAGCGUCUACCCAAAGGUUUAUUGUGCAAUCUCCCGCCCGAUGAGGUGGCAAUUUAGUUGCUUUAUUCUUGGAGAAAACUUGUGCCAGAUCAUGGUAUUCGGGGGGAAUGCGCACGGUGGAGGCACCGUCUGGACUUUCCACCGUGGUUGCACCAACGGAACCACCCAGACACCUACCCUGACACUCUCGAGACCACCCCGUGAGAACCCUCUGCGGCCAUGAGAAAGUGGGGUUGUGGAGUGCUAGCCACGGAAUACCUAACACCACAGGGAAAGCAGGAGACUCAAUGAUGGAAAAAGUGACCUGCUCACAAUGCGUCUCCUGUGUGAUCAUGGUGACUGGUACGUGACUUCCUUUAUCAACCCGGACCCUAAUGGUCGACUAUCAAGUGCUCUGAUGGGGCGUGGAAUGGAUAGGGGAACUAAUGAAAUGCCCUGGCGGCGUACGAAAGUUUUAUCCAUAAAGUUCCAAGCUGCGCCUGAAUCUACUAGCGCCUUACACUUGGGAACUCUCAUGUAAUCAAGGAAAUAUAUCGGUAUGGUACAGUGCGCAGCAGAGGGCUCUGAACAAGUGUGAGUGCUCAAUACCUGGGGUGAUGCGAGAGUGCCCUGCCGGCCGCCUCCUGACCCAAAAGAGUGCUGACGACAACAUGUGGUGGAAUGUCCCUUCAUGCCAUCCGAUUGGCCCUGGCGCUGUCGUCUUCCGCUCUCUCGGUGCGCGGUACCACCCAGUUCCAUGAGCUCUGGGUCCGCGUUGGUCGGGGCGGGAAUGGCCAGCAGGUUAUCCAGACGAAUGGCCAUGUCCACCAGUUCGGUAAAAGACAAACUGGUGUCACGGCAGGCUAGCUCCCGUCGGACGUCCUCCCAUAGAUGGCACCGGAACUGGUUGAUCAGGGCCCGCUCGUUCCACCAGGAUCCUGCUGCCAGAAUCCGGAACUCCAGCGCGAACUCCUGUACUGUCCUCGUUCCCUGCCUCAAGUGGACCAGCUGCUCACCCGCCUCUCGACCCUUGGGCGGGUGAUCGAAAACCGCCCGAAAUAGUCGGGCGAACUCCCUGUAGUCCUCCAACGCGGCUCCUCCUUCUCUCCAAACCGCGUUGGCCCACUCCAGGGCUUUCCCCGAGAGGCAGGAAAUGAGGACGGACACCUGCUCUCGAUCUGAUGGCGCCGGCCUGACACUGGAGCAGUACAGCUCCAGUUGGAGAAGGAAUCCCUGACAUAGAGCCGACGUCCCAUCGAACGCCCGUGGUCGAGAUAUCUGGAUCCCUCCGGGUGCUGUGAUGUAGGUGGCUGGAUCCGGUUGGCCAGCUGGUCUCGACGGAUCGGUUCCUCUUCUCUCCAGGCGUUGGACGACCUGAAGAACCCGAUCCAUCGCUUCCCCCAAGCUGGCCAGCAUAGUGGAAUGUUCCUGGACCCUUGCCACUAUUCCAGGCAUGCGCUCCUCUCCUGCUGACUCCAUAGAGGUGAGUGAUUAUGUGAUGAGGUGUGAAUGACGGAGUCAGGCGCAGGAGGUAAAACACUGAAAUCCAGAGUUUAUUCAGUGUACAUGAAUAAAGUGCAGCAAGCGUCAAAACGAAACUAGCACAAGGGACAAAUCCACCUUGGCUACAUACAAGGAAAGAGUAGGUCAACCGAGCUACUCACUCUCACAAUGAACAAUCACUCACAAAGGACAAGGGGGCAGAGGGAACACUUACACACAGACUAAUGAGGGAAUGAGUACCAGGUGUGUGUGAUUGACAAGACAAGACAAGACAAAUGGAGUGAUGAUAAAUGGAGCGGUAGUGGCUAGUAAGCCGGUGACGACGAACGCCGAAACCUGGCCGAGCAAGGAGGAGGGGCAGCCUCGGCUGAAUUCGUAACAUAUAUUCGAUAAACGUUUUUAUUAAAAGUAUGAAUUUCAGCACCCUGCGGAAAGACCUCAGUUGUACAGGACAAACAUAGGUACAGGUAAGCGUUUUCAGAAUUUACAUUUUUACAAGUAUCGACUGAUGGCAACUCAUUGUUGUUGCUAGAAAAUCACGCGACCACUUAUCAACAGUCAACUCAACUUCGAUAUAAGAGAACGGAGUUGAGCGAUCCUCAGCUACUAUCUGUCCAUACACCAAUUAGAAUCCUAAUGGGUUGGAGUGUUCUGUUCUGUUCUAAUGGAACCAUGCAUUCUGAAUUCCAAAUUAAAAUAUCCCACUGCUGCCACCAUACGUAUUAAACAAGGAAAUAAAUGACCAAUUAAAGCACAUUUCUGCAAAUGAGUUUUCUUGGACGCCAACCAAAGGCAGGGAAUAAAAGCUUAUUAGCAGUAAUUUGGCACAAAUAUGUGGUUUCUUUGUGUAAGACAUGCACGCCAUCUCCAGAGGUGGUUCUACUAAUGUCCAUGGAAGUGUUCUGAGAGCAGACUUCAGACAGAGGUGGUACCUUGGGGAGUUUCUCACGUCCUUGGGGAGUUUUUAAUGUGUGGACGGACAGUCAUUAGCAAGCUAGUUCAGGUAAAUUACAUCAAUGAAAUGUUUUUGUUCCUUCUAGGGUGAUCAAGGUCUACCAGGCUUGGCAGGACUUCCAGGACAGAAAGGCGAUCAAGGAGACAAGGUAAAGGAGAUGUUAAAUAUCUAUCUAGCUCAAUAG